AUGGCGCCUAUCGACGAGCGGCCGUCCAAACGCGCUCGCCAGGCCUGUGAGCCCUGCCGGCGCAAGAAGUCGCGAUGUCCCGGAGAAAAGCCAAUAUGUUCCUAUUGCGACCGUUUGGGUCAAAAAUGUGUUUAUGCCGGCGAGACGCUGGAAGAGGGGUCGGAUUAUGCGAAAAAUAUGGAGGAUCGUGUUUCUCGCAUCGAGGGCAAGCUUGAACAGCUGAUAGAUUAUAUCACUCACCAACCCCCAACCGGGGCCGGAUCUCCGGACACCAGGAACAUUACGACAGAUUCACCAGCAAAUCUUGCUCCGGCUCCUAUCAAUAGGGCUUCUGUGGGCGACUCGCAAGAUAUAUCAGCUGUGGAAUUAUAUCUCACUUUCUGCAACUCGCAGCCUCUGCCAUUAUUUCCUCAGAGAACUUCUGCGGCAUCUCUGUGUGACCGAGAUCUGGAGCUUGUGCUUUCCAUUGAGGCCGUUGGCCUUCGAUUUAGGGGAAAUGGCGUCAAGGAAUGCCCAAUUGAACAAGAGAUCACGUCAAAGACCGAAAGAUCCUGCCAAAUGGUCAUGAAACGUCUAGCGGAUGGGAAUGUGGAGCUUUCAACAGUUCAAACUCUGUGCCUUCUUAGCAUGUUGGAGUUUACUGCUGGAAACCUAGUUCGAGCAGGAUUCUAUACAAGAAUGGCAGACUAUUUCAUGCAAGACGUCAAACCAACAAACUUCGAGUUCCUCAAAUAUCUCGAAACGGAGCAAGACGAGCGAAAACUGUGUUACGCAAGCGUGACGAUGCUCCAGAAUCUCCAAGGACCUUCACAGCAAUCUAUUCAAGGAGCUUCUGACCGACCUGCAUCUGCGGGACUUGCAACUCCUGCCUUUGAAACAUUGAUACCAAAAGUGGAUUCCAGAAGAGGCGGGAGUGAUCCCAAGCGGGAUAUUGGUAUCAAUGCAGCCGUGGGGUAUACCACUGACUUGUGGGCACUGGCCUGUAAGUAUGCCAUGAAUCAUGCUGGGAAGGACGCAAAUCCUCCCUGGUUUCCACAGUCAGAUUAUGCGAUGAUUACAUAUUGGCACACAGAGCACGAGAGUUGCAUGCCAUUAAAAUUUCGACUCCAUGCUAGUCGCUUCCCAGACUAUAAUCCGGCUGAUUUACAGGCGAAUCGCGACUACUGGGGUCCUUGGCUAUUUUAUCAGAUAGCCUGGCAUGCUAUCCCAUGUCUAUUGAACCAUCCUUUUCUUCUUUCCAUGCGACUGAGAAACUUUAGAAGAACCAUGCCCCAAUCAUUCCUUCGCAACUCUUUUGAGCAGCUCACCUUCCACUCGGGCUGGAUAAUAUAUUUCCUGGAAUUGUUUGAGACAAAAAGUUAUGAGGUUUCAGAUCCAACAUUGGGACAUUGUGUCGCCAUUGUCGCGACGAUUUAUCUUCAGCACAGCUUCGCCGACGACCAAAGCUUUAGCAGAAAGGCACAAACUGGCUUUCAGAAAUGUCUUAGAUUUUUGCGACAAAUGGGGCGUCGUUGGCCACACAUUGAUCGACAGGCUCGGCAGCUGGAGCAGCUUCAUGGCAGCAUUUCGCCUGGGGGUCAGACAAGCGAUACAGGCGUACCAGCAGCGUCUGACCCAAAGUGGUCCGUGAAUUUACAUUUAAUGUGGAGAAUCCUGGUUUAUUCCCGUGCAAGCAGAGCUCCAGAUCCCACUGGGGACAUGUAUGGCCCUGUACUGGCCAAGGAGAAAUCCAGCGAGCUAGGGAUAUCAUCAGCUGAUGCAAUUGCUGAACGUGACUUUACACUUAUUGGAUCCGCUGGGAUUUCAGGGCAUAAAACCGUCGCUCCAGAAUGCGUUACAUAUCCCCCAGAGCAGGUUGAGCAUCAAGAGCUCAGUUCCGAGCCGUCCGCGAUGGAGUUCCCGGAAUUGCUUAGCUCCCAAAAUUUAGAUUUUGCAGGCGGAGAAACGCUUCUUUUGCAGUUGCAGGAUUACGACAAAGCAUUCGAGGAUUGGCUAAGCCUGAAUCCUACAUGA